UAAGAAUCCCGGGCAGUCUGGAAAGUACGAGUCUUCCACUCCCCUCAAACUCGUUCAGUUAAAAUAACCUUGUACUCGCUCUCUGGUUGUGACGCUUGUCCACAGCAAUUGUCUCUGGCUAGCCUCUCACUCCCCAGAUUCUGUCACAGCGCUUUGCACCCAUCCAUAGGUGCUUCCUUACAAGUGUCAACGUGGGGAGGCGGGUACUCUUUUUUCAAGCAAUUGCGACAGUACACUUUGGAGCUGAUGUCUGAACUGUACAAUGAAACCACUUGAUCAGAAUUGAAACGCUAUGUUUCCUUAAAUAAAGACCAAAGACGUUUACUUCCGAUAGAACCACUUUCAACCUUCCAUAUAAAGCAAAAAUUUGCAUCACAUAGCGAAUCUCAGGUGAUUGCUCUCUCUCUCUCUUGUCCCAUACUCCAUUUAAGAUCAAAAUAAGAGCGAGGAAACCCCAAGGAUUGUAAGAAGAAGGCGAUGGGGAGAGGGAAGAUAGCGAUUCGAAGGAUCGACAAUUCCACAAGCAGGCAAGUGACUUUUUCAAAGCGAAGAAAUGGGUUGCUUAAGAAGGCUAAGGAGCUCUCAAUCCUUUGUGAUGCAGAAGUUGGGGUGAUUAUUUUCUCCAGCACCAACAAGCUAUACGAUUAUGCCAGCACAAGAUCGGAAUCUUCUAUAAUUAAAAUAAGGAAUUGUGAGGUUUACUACCUGUUUGAAUUGCGAGGUUUACUUGCCUUAAACAGCAUGAAAUCCGUUAUUGGGCGUUACAACAAAGCAAACGAGGAAGAACAACUGCUCUGCAAUCCUAUUUCCGAAGUCAAGUUUUGGCAAAGGGAGGCAGAAACCUUGAGGCAACGGCUGCAGUACUUGCAAGAAUGCCACAGGCAAUUGAUGGGCAAAGAACUUUCUGGUUUAAGUGUUGAGGAUCUAACAAAUCUAGAAAUUCAACUGGAAAUGAGUUUGAAGGGUGUCCGGAUUAAGAAGGAACAUUUCUUAUCCAGUCAAAUAAAAGAACUAAACCAGAAGGGAAAUCUCGUUCAUCAGGAAAAUACAGAACUACACAAGAAGAUAGACCUUAUUCAAGAAGAAAAUAUUGAAUUGAAAAAGAAGGUUUAUUAUGGAGCAAGGAAUGUGAAUGAAGCAAGCAGAAGUCUUACUGCUCCAUGCACUAUCAGCAAUGGAUUUGAUCUGGACACACCCAUCCAUCUCCAGCUAAGCCAACCGCAGCCUCAAAACAAUGCAGCACCACAAAAAGCAAUAGAACUGGGAUUACAAUUGCAUUAGCAAAUCUAUUGGACAACUCUGGACGGCUAUCUGUCAUUAUCCCAUCAACAACUUGCCCCACAGUGGGUAAUGAAGCUUUCAACAGUGAUAUUUCGUACUUCAGCUAUUAGAUACAGUUUAUUAAGCAGGACUGUAAAUUUUUAUGAAAUUUUCUAUAAAGUCAGAUAAAAAAAAUUAUAAUAGAACCCAGCUAGCCAUGUAAAUUUAAGCAAUAAUGGGAAACCCCAACACAUGGAAUGUGUUGUUCCAGCUGUCUGAAAAUUUGUUGUGAUGAAUCAAACGAACUAUUGUUGUAA